AAAAGGAAAGUCGUUCAAAUACCUCACAUUAAGGUACUCGAUCAUGCUCAGGCAGGUGUUUCUUUCCUCAAGGCCUAUCCUAGCACAACUGGCCUCUCGGAAAGUUUUGCAAGCUAGCUCUUCUGUAGCGUUCCGGCCGAUAUGUUCCAACUUCAGCGCAAAGUCUAGGAUGCAAAUAAGGUCCUAUUCCGAGAAGGCUCCUCUUACGAAGAAGACUCUCGAGGAUCGAAUUAUCCUUGUUUUGAGUCUAUACGACAAGAUUGACCCCAAAAAGCUUACUAUGGAUUCUGAUUUUUCAAAGGAUCUCGGGUUGGAUUCACUUGAUCAUGUUGAGCUGAUCAUGGCAAUGGAAGAAGAAUUUGGUUUAUACGACAAAAUUGACCCUAAAAAGCUUACUAUGGAUUCUGAUUUUUCGAAGGCUAGUGAAAUUAAGUUGUGUACUCCCAAAUUUGAUCUCGGAUUGGAUUCACUUGAUCAUGUUGAGUUGAUCAUGGCAAUGGAAGAAGAAUUUGGGUAGGC